UCAAGCUUUUCAGACAAUUUUCCACCCACAGACACCAAUAGCAACACCGUUGUCGAUCGCGCUCUCGAGUUGCGAUCAGUGAAAUCCGCAAAAACGUUUUCUAAUCUCCUCAACUCGGUCCACCACCCGUUCGCAGGAGUCCGUUGCUCUGCCUCCCCAGGAAGCUCAGCGGAUUCGGCCCCUACCAGAUAAAAGGCCCUCACCCAAGCUAAGCUAAGCAAAGCACAAAAAAUGGCACCACACGCCGAGGUAAGCGUGGGCUCCGCGAACGGGAAUGGUUAUGCGACGAAUGGCCACGCGACUCCCGCGGCCAAGGACCUCUUCACCGUCAGCUCGCCCAAUGUGGCGUAUACCGACUCGGAGAUCCGCUCCAAGUACACGUACCGCACCACCUCCGUCACCCAGGGUGGCGAUGGGAAGUACGUUGCGACCCCCUCCGAGACGGUCUACGACUUCAAGGUGGACCGCAAGGUCCCCAAGGUCGGCGUCAUGCUCGUCGGUUGGGGCGGCAACAACGGAACCACGGUCACGGCUGGCAUCAUUGCCAACAGGCGUGGCCUCUCCUGGGAGACCCGAGAGGGCCCCCGCGCCGCCAACUACUAUGGCUCCGUCAUCAUGGGGUCGACCAUGAAGCUCGGCACGGAUGCGAAGACCCACAAGGACGUGAACAUCCCCUUCCAUGAUGUUCUCCCCAUGAUCCAUCCCAACGACUUCGUCAUCGGUGGCUGGGACAUCAGCGGCAUGAACCUUGCCGAGGCCAUGGAUCGCGCCGCCGUCCUAGAGCCGACCUUGAAGGACCAGAUCAAGAAGGAGAUGGCCACCAUGGUCCCUCUGCCUAGCAUCUACUACCCCGACUUCAUUGCUGCCAACCAGGAAGACCGGGCCGACAAUAUCCUCCCCGGCUCUAAGGCCUGCAAUGCCCAUGUUGAACAAAUCCGAAAGGAUAUCCGUGACUUCAAGUCCAGCAACGGCCUUGACAAGGUCAUCAUCAUGUGGACUGCCAACACCGAGCGAUAUGCCGACCUCGUCGUUGGAGUCAACGACACGGCCGAUAACCUGCUCAAGGCCAUUGAGAACAGCCACGAGGAGGUUUCGCCUUCGACCAUCUUCGCCGUUGCCAGUAUCCUUGAGAAUGCUCCCUUCAUCAACGGAUCCCCCCAGAACACCUUUGUUCCGGGCGCCAUCCAGCUGGCGGAGAAGCACAACGCCUUCAUCGGCGGCGACGACUUCAAGUCGGGCCAGACCAAGAUGAAGUCGGCCCUGGUCGACUUCCUGAUCAACGCCGGCAUCAAGCUGACCUCGAUUGCGAGCUACAACCAUCUGGGCAACAACGACGGCAAGAACCUGAGCUCCCAGAGGCAGUUCCGCUCCAAGGAGAUCUCAAAGUCUACCGUCGUGGACGACAUGGUCGAGGCCAACACUGUCCUCUACAAGAAGGGCGAGCACCCGGACCACACCGUCGUCAUCAAGUACAUGCCCGCGGUCGGCGACAACAAGCGCGCCCUGGACGAGUACUAUGCCGAGAUCUUCAUGGGCGGUCACCAGACCAUCUCGUGAGUUAUUCCCCUCUUUUAACCACCCUCCCCUCACUCACUCUCUCUUUCACCACCCUUCUCCGCAGUUGGGGCUUUUUGUUAACCCGUUCUCGCAAAUAGGAUCUUCAACGUCUGCGAGGACU